AGUUGUAGUUCUCACAGUUUCCAGCCUGCGGACAGACAGUCACCACCGGACUCCUUUCCCGUGCUCCUCUGCGCGGUUCCACUUGGACCCGUUCUGAGGGGCUGGGAGUUGCUGCGGUGUUGGCUGUGCUUUCCCUCCAGUUUCCACGAGCUUGGGAGCGGCCGCUGAGCCCCGGCGCGAACGGAGGACUUGCGUUCCCCUACUGACCGCAACCCGGAGGGCGGCGAGGAGCUACCACCAUGAUCACCGGGGUCUUCGGCAUGCGCGUGUGGGCCCCGGUGGGCGCCCUGACCUCGCUGGCGUACUUCUUCCACCGGCAGCGGAUAGCAUUGGCCGAGCGGCGGCCAGCCGACGGCCAGCGUCCUAUUGAUCGCAGCCUGCUGGAGCUGAAAAUGGUACAGGUCGUGUUUCGACACGGGGCGCGGAGUCCUCUCAAGGCGCUCCCGCUGGAGGAGCAGGUAGAGUGGAGCCCCCAGCUAUUAGAGGUCCCUCCUCAAACUCAGUUCGAUUACACGGUCACCAAUUUAGCUGGUGGUCCCAAACCACAUUCUUCUUAUGAUGCUCACUACCACAAGACCACCCUGAAGGGGGGCAUGUUUGCUGGGCAGCUGACCAAGGUGGGCAUGGAACAGAUGUUUGCCUUAGGAGAGAGAAUGAGGAAGAAAUAUGUGGACGCCAUCCCCUUUCUUUCAUCAUCCUUCAAACCCCAGGAGGUCUUUGUUCGUUCCACUAACAUGUAUCGGAAUCUGGAGUCUACUCGUUGUUUGCUGGCUGGGCUUUUUCAGCGUGAUAAAGAAGGAUCGAUCAUCAUCCACACUGAUGAGGCAAGCUCUGAAGUCUUAUACCCCAACUACCAGAACUGCUGGGGCUUGAGACAGAGAACCAGAGGCCGGAGGGAAGCUGCUGCUUUGCAGCCAGGGAUCUCAGAGGAUUUGAAGAAGGUGAAAGAAGGGAUGGGCACUGACAGUAGUGAUGAAGUAGACUUCCUUAUUCUCCUAGACAAUGUGGCUGCUGAGCAGGUACACAAUCUCCCCAGCUGCCCCAUGCUGAAGAGAUUUGCUCAGGUGAUUGAACAGAGAGCUGUGGACACAGCCUUAUACAUCCUGCAACAGGAAGACAGGGAAGGUCUGCAGAUGGCAGUUGGCCCAUUCCUACACAUCCUAGAGAACAACCUACUGAGGGCUAUAGAACCUGCCCUUCCAACCAGCAAGACCAGAAAACUGUACCUCUAUGCAGCUCAUGAUGUGACCCUCAUGCCUCUCUUAAUGGUUCUGGGGACUUUUGAUCACAAAUGGCCUCCGUUUGCUGCUGAUCUGACCAUAGAACUCUACCAGCACCAGGAAUCUAAGGAGUGGUUUGUGCAGCUCUAUUACCAUGGAGAGGAACAGCUGCCAAGAGGUUGCCCUGACAAGCUUUGUCCACUGGACAAAUUCUUGAACACCUUAUCACUGUAUUCCUUGAGCCCGGAGAAAUACCGCGUGCUCUGCUCCCGAGCACAGGAACUGGAACUUGGAAAUGAAAAGUGACUGAUUCAUGCAAAUAACUUGACUUUUAAAUACAAGCUUUUCUACCGUACCUCCAGCUUUGAGUGUUUGGGAAUGGGGCACGAGUUAAAGUACAUUACUGUAAGGUAAGGAUAUUUCCUUCCUAUAACUAUAGUAAAUUCUUUUUUGGAAAAAAAAAAAAAGUGUUAUGUUGAAA